GUGUCUCGGGGACAUUAGAGAGCGGAGACGCGGCUGGCUCGCCUCACUCGGCCCCGGAGCGGCGGUAGAUGUGCGGUCCUGCAGCACCCGAGCGCUGUGUCACAGAAGAGACGAGACCACCCCCCCAAACACACACACACAGCCCACCAGUUGUUUGCUUUGAGGAGAGGAGAGGAGCAUGCCGGCCAUCAUGAAAAACUCCGACCUGGACUUCGACUCCCUGCAGCCGUGUUUCUACCCCGACGAGGAUGACUUCUACCUGUGCGGUCCGGACUCGGCUCCCCCCGGCGAGGACAUCUGGAAGAAGUUCGAGCUGCUGCCCACGCCCCCUCUGUCCCCCAGCCGCGCUGCGCUGCCCGGCCGCGGGGACGCCUCCGACUGCCCCUCGCUGGAGCUGGGCUCUCUGGGGCUCGGGCUCGGAGACCCGCUGGACUGGGCGUCCGAGCUGCUGCUGCUGCCGCCCGAGGAGGACAUGUGGGGGGCGCCUGAGGCGGAGGGGGACCUGUUCGGGGCGGAGGGCUCCCCGGGGGACUCCAUCGUCCUCCAGGACUGCAUGUGGAGCGGCUUCUCCGCCCGAGAGAAGCUGGAGCGCGCCGUCAGCGAGAAGCUGGCCCGGAAAGCAGCGGUCGCGCCCGCCGGAGUCAAGAGCAGCGCGGCCAAGGCGCCGGAGCAUCAGCGGGAGCCCGAGCCCAGCAGAGCCGUGGCGGAGUGCGUGGACCCCGCCGUGGUGUUCCCCUUCCCCGUGCUGAAGGGCAGAGCGCCCGCGCCCGAGCAGGAGGAGUCCGCCAGCGACUCUGAUGAAGAUGAUGAUGAUGAUGAUGUUGAUGACGAAGAUGAAGAUGAAGACGAGGAAGAUGAUGAAGAGAUCGAUGUUGUCACUGUAGAGAAGCGUCGAUCCGCCACCAGCAAGUCUUUUAGCACUAACUCUCAGGCUUCAGCAACAGGCCGGUCUGGUUCAGGUGUGAGCAAAGCACCGCAGGAGCUCAUACUGAAGCGGACUGCAGCCGCCUCCAUCCACCAGCAGCAACACAACUAUGCCGCCCCAUCACCCUACUCAGAGCUUCCAGAGCCACCCUCCGCUCCCCCCAGCAAGAAGCACAGAGCAGAGGGCAGUUCCAGCCUGCUAAGGAACUCCAAGUUCCACACGACCUCCCCAAACUCCCCCAGUGGGAGCCAGCGGCUCAGGAGAAACGACGCUGGCAGCAGCAGCAGCUCCCGCGGUUCUGACUCAGAGGACAGCGAGCGUCGGAGGAACCAUAACAUCCUGGAGCGCCAGCGACGCAACGACCUGCGCUCCAGCUUUCUGACACUGCGAGACCAGGUGCCGGAGCUGGCACACAACGACAAAGCAGCCAAGGUGCUGAUCCUGAAGAAGGCUGCUGAGUAUGUUGGUUCGCUGGAAACUCAGGAGCUGAGGCUCCGGCAGGAGAAGGACAGGCUCCAGGCGAGGCGACAACAGCUUCUGCGUCGGCUAGAGCAAGCCAGGACUCGCUAACUGCUAAUGCUUAUGCUAACACGGCUCGCAGCUGCAGGCUAAACGACCGAAUGGCUUGUGGCUGAUGGCUAGGAGCCCAAAAAAACAAACUUUUAAAGGCGGUGGUUUCCAGCACUGGUCCUGGAAUAGCCGUGCCCGGCACGUUUUAGUGCUUUCCCUGCUCUGACACAGUGGUUCUUAACCUAGUGCCCAGCACAGUUUCAAGCAUUCUUCGCCCCCAACACACUUAAAGGGCAGGAAGUGAAUGAAACUCUGCAAGCCAGUGGAGUCUGCACAGAUGGAGUUGACAACCACUGUACUGAUGCACCCCUUUCAGUGGAGAAAUGCCUCCUUAAUUAGCUGAUUAGUUAAAUUGGGUGUUUUAGAGCAGGGACAUCCCAAAAUAUUCCGGACAGGGAUGCUCUAGGCCCAAGAUAAAGAACCACUGCCCUAUGGACACUCACUGCCGCCACUUUUUUUGCACAUUUUUUGACGUCAAGAAUGUUUAGGGUUUACUUUCUCACUCCAGUCACAUCAAGGACAAGAAAGAAAAGCAAAAUUCAAUACAGCAGGGAAGGGAGAGGGGGAUGGACGGAGGAUUGAAAAUCCCUAACUCUAUCCCAAGUUUCUUUAUUAUUCUUUAUUUGGGUCUUUUUUUCCGUCAGUGUUGACCGGCAAACCUUUUCUCUCUCGGAUUUUCACACGUCUGCUGUUCCUGGAAUGUGAAAGUCCAUGAGGAAUGCUCAAUGAGACACACACUUUGCCUUCACUGUCUUGGUUCAAAAAAUGACACGGAACUGAAUGCUUUUAAAGAGUCAAUUCCUCGACUCUCACACACACACACCUCUCUCACUGGUGCUGAAGCCCCUGGAUGUACCUCUGCGCACCUUGGUGUCAGUCACUUUUGUAAAUAGUUAGCUAUGAAAAAAACUACCACACUCUCAGUCUGCCUUGUUUUUGUAUACAGAACUUGUCUUUGGGUUUUUAUAAGAAAAAAGUCAUAAAAGCUGCCAAUAACUAGACUGGAAGUUUGUAUACCUUUAUUGAGUACUGUAUGGCCUCGAUUUAUGAGGAACUUUGUAAUAUAAUGAUAUAUUGUUUUUGUUUUCCUUUCUUAUUACACUUCUUUGUUGUCACAUGAUACUAAUUCUUACACCUCCAGUAUGCUUUAGUGUGCUUCUGAUACAUACUAAAUUUGAUACUUAUAUUUUCGUAUGAAAAUGAGUUGAGUAGAUAUUACUAUCCCGUUUUAUCUCUUUUCUCUCCUAUGUUUAUUCUUUUUGUACAGAAAUUUCAUCCUAUCUACAUUUACCUUGCUUACCUUGUUUUUCUAUCGGGUUCAUAGAACUGGGUCAAUGGGAAUGUGUUUUUUUUUUUUCUAAAUGUACAUUUUAGUGCUGCAACUCAUAGCACUUUGAAAUACCUCAUUUUGAAAAAUAAAUAGGCUUUGAAAAGAAAA